AAAUACAGCACUCAGGAUAGUUCACUUACAGAUCAAUAUAUUUAGUGGCAUUAUUUUGAUUCACGGUCAAGUCGAUUGUCUCCUCAAAGUCAGAGAUCCGAACACUCUAUGGAUCACUUAGUUUCGGAACUCGUGCUAGUGAUACACUCACUUACUUUCUUCGAUGGUUUGGAUGCGUGGCACACACCAUCUUUUAAGAAAUAUUCUUUCAUUCAUUCAGCUUCCUUCAUCUCAGUUAAAGCUGUCAAUGGGAUCUUUUGGAAAAUUGCUUCAAUGUCGAACUUGAUCAAUUCUCGUUUGUAUUUGUCUGUCUCAGCAAUAUGCGUCAUGAGGUUGAUUUCGAAAUUGCGUUGCAGAUGGAUGUAACAAAGGAUAUUAUGCGCUUCACGGCAAACAAUCGAGAUUGCUAAGCGCAGAGGGUCACUAUUUUGUGCGUCACCGUAACAGAUGGA